AUGUCCGGAGGUUUACCUACCCCGGCUAGAAGCACCGGGAGCGACGUCUCUCCCAAAUCACAACCAAGUACUAAGAAGACGGAUUACUUCUCUCUCGAUAAGAGAACAAGUCCACUCUCCCGUUCUAGCUCAACGCAGGAUAGCGCAAGGAGCACUCCACGCGCGGGCUUAGUGCAACGGGCCGCUACCGAACCCAAGGGCAAGGGCAAGGGCAAGGAGAUAGCUGAAAGCACGGGAGAUGCGAGCGCAACUACUCCAGGCGAGACGGCCUCUAGUACGGGGAGUAGUGGUCCUCCAUCUAGGAAGGCAUCUAUCUCGUCUAUAUCCUUUGCACCCCCUCGACACCCAUCGCUUCCUCAAGGUCUGAAGAAACCGCAUGCUGGAAAUCGAAUCCGGGCAGCAUCUCCGCCGCACCGUAGGUUCGAAUCCCAUGUAGCCUUCGACAACAUCCCCCUUGGCGAAUCAACAGAGUAUAAUCCCAUCUCGUUCACCCUCAACUACCGCCAUGCGGGUUUUCAGUUUAGACGACGACACCGCACCUUUAUGGUCGGCGUAGACGACAACUCGUAUUCCGAUCAUGCUUUGCAAUGGCUACUAGACGAAUUAGUCGAUGAUGGUGACGAGAUUAUAUGCGUCCGCGUAAUCGAAACCCAGGUCCGCCUUACGGAUAAGGCGUACCAAGAAGAUGCCAAGGUUCUGAUGGAAUCAAUACAGUCGAAGAAUACGCAGAACCGAGCAAUUGGCCUAAUUUUAGAAUACGCCGUUGGAAAACUGCACAACACGUUCCAGCAUCUUAUCAAAAUGUAUCAGCCAUCCAUGUUGAUCGUUGGUACGAAGGGUAGAAGCCUUGAUGGAGUCCAGGGGUUCCUCGUGAAUCGUAGUUCUUUUUCGAAGUACUGCUUGCAAUACUCACCAGUGCCUGUUGUUGUCGUGCGCCCUAAUGAGAAGCGCGUGAAAAAAAAGGUGAAGCGAGCGCAUGACCCAUCUAGGCAAAGUUAUGCGCAAAUGCUGCUAGGUCAACCACAUGAAGCCGAUAGCGAGAACAGUAGCGUAUACGAGCUAGAACCUAAUCUCACCCCAGACGAAGAAGCACAUCGUGUUGCAGUAGCUGUUGGGCUGCCAGCAGCGUACGAUCCAACUAUCAAACCCAUCGAUCCCAACAGCUUACUAAAGAAUUUCGGCCGUCGACCCGCGCCGGAGGUAUCGAAGGAAGCCCUUGCAAUAGUAAACAAGGGCGGUUUACCUGCCGAGAAGAAGUCGCCAGACCAAGAAGAUUCGGACUCGGAUUCCGAAGGAGAGUUCGAUGUCAGACCGGGCGAGGAGCUUCUUAGAGAGAGACUCCAUAAGAUGGAGCUAAACGAGGGGGCCGCGCUCAGAGCUGAAGGUAGGAAGUUGAGUUCCGGGUCUGCCGAUAGCGACGAAGAUCCGCCGGGUGGAGGGGGUGCCAAGACGUGA